AUGGGUACUUUAAUUGAUGAUUCAAAUGGAUUAACAAACCCAAUAAUUAUGGCGCCAAAAAACAGUGUUGCAAAGUAUCAAUCCUCACUAAAUGACAACGAAGCUACCACCACUACUACUACUACUACUAAUACCACAACAACAACAACCACCACUAUAUCGAGGGAAUCUACUAUUGAUAAAGUAAGUAUCCUAGAAGAAAAUACAUCAUCGAUCAUUAGUCAAGAAGAACUUCAUACCGCCAUUGAUGAUACUAAAUCAAAUCCAUUAACCGCUGAUACUGAAAACCACAAACCCAUUCAAAACUCAAAUUCUUACACUUCUUUUAUUGACCAUGACAUUGAUCUACCACAAUUUGAAAGAACAGUAUUUCAACAUCAUGAUAUACAAAUUAAUGUCCCUGAAUCCAAACAUAGCUUAGAGGCAACAGAAACCGAUAUGGAAAUUUCUGAGAUUUUGCAAUUGCCUCAAUCAUAUUUUGCUUACGCAAAUUCACCAGAAGUUAAACAUAUAGAUACACUAACAAAUGAAAAUGACGAAAAAGACUUGCAAGAUACAGAAGUUGUUGCAGAAAAGGAGGAAAACACAAUACUUCCACCACCACCACCACCACAACUACAACAACAACUACAACAACACCCCAUCCUUGCUUCAGAACCCACUGAAGACAAAGUUAAUCCAGUAAGUCAAGCUUUAAAAAUGAAUACUAGUAUUAAAAAAUUAAAACUAGCCACUUCUAAUAACAUAGAUGGAGCUACUCCACUUAUUAUUAAUAGUCCUACGGCAAAUGAAAUCAAAUUACCAACAAAUAAUUCCUGGGUUCUACAAGAUUAUGAACAAUUAUUUGGAACAAAGGAAUUCCAUAAGGAGAUUGAAUUGGCAAAAUCUUUACGAUUUGCAGACACUCAAAAUAGUGUUUGUUCUGAUCUUAAAAAUGAAAAAAUAAUCUAUAUUUCAACUAGAAUAAUAAAUCCAGGGAAAAUUCUAUCAUUUUAUUUAAAACAUCCACCACAACUACCACCACCAAAAAAUAAAAGAGAUUUAUAUAUUGAUUUGAUAAUGAACAAUAAUGGCUGUAAUAUAUUAUUACAAUUGAUAAAAUAUAUUCAUGAAAAUGAAACUUUAGUGGAAAACUCAAUUGAUUCAGUUCAUGUUAGAAUUCUGGCUUUUUAUGUUCAUCAAAUCAAAGUUUUCCUUAAUUUAAUUACUGAACUGAUGAAAAUUUAUCAAAAAAUUAAAACUUUAGGAUUAUUUGUUCGUAUACAUCAAUAUGAAAAUGGAUAUGUUCUAGGUGCUCCUCAAGAGGAAAGAGUUAAACUCCCACAGAAAUUAGAAAAAUUGUAUUUGGCCAAUGAAUUGAAAUUGGAUGAAUUCUUUCAUUUACCAGUUUCAAUAAAGGCACUUGGUUUACAUAAUACUAACUUGUCAAGUUUAAGUAAAUUCAAUUUAUGUAAAAAUUUGGAAAGUCUUCAUAUUAGUGGUGAAACGAUAAAUCAAAAUAAUCGAUUAGAAUCAUUCCCCAAAGGAUUUUACUUAUUAAGAGAUAUCAAAUUUGAAGCAUCAACCAUUGUUAGUUUUAAUUUUGAAAAAUUUGUUCAUUUAACCUCGUUAAGUUUACUGAAUAUUGAUUUUGCUCAAUCAAGACAAUUGGAAUUCCCCUUGGGUUUAAAAAAAUUAGAAUUUAUUGAUUGUUCUCUUUCAUCUCAUAUACUGGCUUUCCCUGAUUCAUUACGAGUAUUAAUUAUUACUCGAGGUAAAUGGAGUACUAAACGAAAUCCCAAUAUUUCUCGAUUGCAAAAAUUAAUUGUAUAUGGUGUUCAAGUCAAAGAUUUAACUGAAAAAUUAAACAGUUGUUUUGGGUUAUUCCAUCUUGAAGUAAGUAACUGCAAUUUGAAUAAUGUUGAGAUAUUGAAAUUGUCUAAAAAUUUGGUGUAUUUGAAACUUAUUAAUGUAAGUUUAGUUGGUGUGAAGUUUCCAAUAUUCCCAUCAUCAUUGGAAGUGAUUAAUAUUGAUAGGAAUGGAAUUUUGCAAUGUGAAUUAAAAUUAAAUUGCAAAUUGAAAACAUUAAGAAUUGCUCAUAAUAAUUUGACGGAUAAAUUUGACCUUAAUACUCAACCAGUUUAUGAUGUUAAUUUGGAAGGCAAUAAUAAAUUGACUUCAUUGCUACUACAUGAUAAAACUAAAAUCUUGAAUGUUUCUAAUACAAAUAUUCAACAUAUUGUUGGCAAUGGACUCACCAAACUUGUUUUAAAUGGAUGUAACAAAAUUGAUUGGACAACAUUCAAGUUAUCACGAUUUGUAACUCAAUUAAGUCUUCAAAAUUGUCAACUUGAAACUUUUGAGUCUCAAGGAACUGGAUUACACCUUAAAGUGUUAGAUUUAUCGAAAAAUAUACUAAAACUGAUAAAUCUAGUUGAAUAUGAAAAUUUAGAAGAUGUUGAAUUAUCAAAGAAUGAAUUAGAAAGUCUUACUAGUGAAUAUUUCCCACCAAAUAUCAAAUCAAUUAAUGCUGAGAAAAACCAAAUUAAUCAAGUUGAUUUACAAGAGUUAGGUAAUUUAACGUGGUUACAAGUUUCUGAAAAUAAAUUGAAUGGAAUUGAACAAAUUAAAAUUCCUGAUAGUUUAAAUACACUUAUAUUAAAUGGUAAUAUUUUCAAUGAUAUUAAUGAUUCUAAUUUUAAGAUACCGGACAAAUUACGACAUUUGGAAUUGAAUAAAUGUAAAAUUUCCAAAUUUAAUUUAACUUUGAAUCAAAAUCUAAUGUCAUGUAGUUUAAAUGGGAAUAAAUUACAUACAAAAAAUUUCCAUAUUAAAUUUAUCGAACAAAUACCACCAUUACCAAAUGGUUUAAAAUUUCUUGAUUUGGGUAGUAAUUUUUUCAAAACAUUUGAUUUUAAUAUGGUUAAAGGAAUUGAAUUAUCGGAAAUUAAUUUAGCAAAUAAUAUGUUUGAUGAAAUACCUGAAGCUAUUCCUGAUAAUAUUUUAUCAGCAAUCAUGUUUAAAGUGGAUUGA